AUGGCUUCCGUGCAGGUGGAGGAGGUGAUGAACUUCAGCCUCGUGGAGAAGAAGACCUUCUUGGAAUUCAUCCCCAGCCAGGGGGAACCAAUGAGACGCACCCUAAGCCUGCCGGCGCUGUCGACGGCAACCGAUCAACUUCCAGAGCCAGACACAGUCAAAGAUCCAGUCCCGAAGCUUCUCCCGACGCCAGUGCAUGAGCACGGCAUCCGAUGUACAGAAUCAACUUCGGCCUCACCAGGCGCAUCCAUGUUGCGGGGGUCAUGUACAGCUUGGCAAUUGGCAUCGACGCGCGGUGGCAGUAAUUCAAGCUUGCUCACGACCUUCAUCGGCGAGUCAAUGCAUGGAGCUAGCUCAUGGUUGCUCGAAGAGGAUGUCACAGGCGACGACGUGCUCCAAACCGAGCACACAGGAGCCACGGCUCCCGGGUCACCGCAUUCGAUGAGUGGCACAAGCACAACGACCAUGGGAACCCUGCAGCCCUCAGAGUCUAUCGGCUCCUCCUUGCACGAGGCGAAGCUUUGCCGACCUUGUGCUUGGUACUGGAGACCAGGCAGCUGCUUGAGGGGAGCAGAGUGUCUCCACUGCCACCUUUGUGCAGAUGGGGAGCUGGGCAAGCGGCUCCCGGGGUCCUUGCUCGUUGCCUAUGUCAAGGGCACGGCCCCAGGGUGUACAGGAGCAGCUCGCAAGCUUUACGAACGAUUGUCUAGUGAGUUUGCAGCGAGCUUCGUGCUAAUCUUUGCUUCCCUGGGUGAUCCCGGCCAUGUCGUGUACGAUGACGGGUGUGGCUGCAAGCGUGGUCGGAGCAUCUACAAGGAGGUGCUACGCUCGAUUGGAGUGGGUGGCAUUCUGACGUUUGAGGAUGCUGCGGUUGACGUCUUGUUCUUUCUGGACUUGGCAGCAAUUUUCUUCAAGGAGGAUCUAUGCCUCAAGAACACGGUGCCGCGCUUCGUCUAUCGGGCUCUGCGCGAGGAUGAGGACACUCUCGCUGGACUGCGGGCUCGUGAUCCCAGUGCCGAGCGCAGUAUGAUGCAGGCCCUUGAGGAAGGGGCAGUCGCAAAUCAGUAUCUGCACACCACCACGUCCCCGGAAGUGGCACUCUACUAUGCAGAAGCUUUUGGGAAGAAUUCGAAGCACCAGAUUGUGGAGAUUGAGCUGGAAGGUUUCAACGGUGAGGUCUUCGAUGUUUCAGACGCCCAGGCCUGCAAUCGCUACGGAAUCCGAUACGGUAGCAGAGCAUACAAUUUUGCUGUCAAGCACAAAGUUGUGAUGCUCAAGGGUUAUGUGCACCCCAGUCGGUUGGGAGAGGUUCUGCGAACAUCAGGCUUGAGCCUUCUGUCUUUCGGCACGGGACCCUCCUGCGAAGAUUUUGCAUCAAUGCUGCCCCUCUCCGCGCGACGGCAACUCUGCAACUGGAGAAGAGGACCACCCACGAUCGCUUGCAGGAAGCCUGAAGUGCGCAAGUCACAGCAUCAGGCCUUGUGCGAUGAUGAUAGCAUGCAGGGCAGAGUUCUGGACGAAGCUGCUGAGAAGCUGGAGGCAAAGAUAGCCAAGCUCCAAGCUCAGAGGAGCCUCAUCAAGUUGUUGUCAGGGCCAAUCAAAGAACGCCAGAGGCUUGAGACACAACGUCAGGAAGAUUUGAAGCGGAAGCGCGAGGAGGAGCGGCAAAUCGAGGAAGAGCGGCAGAAAAGGCUGAAGAGGGAGGAAGCAGACGAGCGUCAAGCAGAGCUGCGUGGGCCGAGGAUAUGGGCCCGCUGUUUCUGGCGGGAUCAUGUCCUUCAAAAUUUUGACCGGCAUGCCUUGCAGGUGGCCCUAGGCAGCAACAGCUACAUCAUUUUGUGGGACCGUGCCAAGGGCCAUCACUGGAAAGGCAUUCCACGGGAGCUUGCAAACAAACUCAGAGGUCGCGCAAAAGAGCUGCCACAUGCGACACUGGUUGCAUUAAGCCCAGAUUCAGAUUGCUACUAUGUGCAGUUCAGUGACGGGAAGUCUCACUACCGUUCCCCACCUGGGCUCGCCACGGCCCUGCAAGACGACUCCGAGCCCCCUUCAGUGGUGGCCUUGGGUCCGGAGAGCUCAUGGUUUGUUGCGUGGCCAAAUGGGAAAACGAAUCACCACGGAUUGCCGAAGAGCCUCCGCAACAUGCUGUCCUCAAACAAGGAUCGGUCUGUUGCGUUUCUCAGUAUUUCGGGCGUGGAUUGUGGUCAAGAUGUAGAUGCUGCGUUAUGGUUCCUCCGCUGGCGGGACGAAGGGCGAAAGCCAAAUUGGAGGCUUAGUAGGAAUGCGCCGUCAUCGCUACAGCAAACUGCAGAGAACGCCGGCAAUCUGCGAAGCAUCGAGUUUGGAAGCAGUGACGACUGGGUUCUUCGUUAUGCAGACUGA